AGCAAAACCGUAUACCGGUGGAUAUCAUCUAGUGAGUUUAUAUGGCCAUAUUUUAAUAUUCUUGUGGUAUAUGGCUACACAGGAUACUUUGCUAAGCAUAGGAACUACAUUUAAAGUGUCCCCAACAACCGUAAUGAGUAUAACUAAUAAUGUGCUCCACUUUAUGGUAAAACUGAAGUCAGCCUGUAUCAUUUUUCUCAAAAAUGAAGCUGAAGUACAAUAACAAUAUCCAAUACCCGGCAAAAUUCUAACUUGUCACAUUUCAAAUAAUAACCAGAAAUAUAAAACUACUCUUGAGUUGGGUAAAUACCACAAUUUUGCGGUGAUAACUAUGACAUAUAACAGCUGAUUCGUGACGUCACGGAUCUUAUAACCAAACUGAUAACUACACUCGCUUGAACGGAUUGGUAAAUACCAACCCAAAAUGGUAAAUACCAUUUCCAUUUGGUUAUCCGCUUGAAUUUGAUUUAUGUGUUCUUUGGAUACAGCUGUCAACGUGUCAACGACUGUCACGGAUUGGAGAUAAAAUACAAAUUUUUAUAAAUACAACUAGGCAAUCAGGCAUAUAAUUUUGAGUUCUAUCCAAGGAAUAAAAAAACAAUACAUUUUUAAAGUACGUCCAAGGUUAUCAAAAGGAAAAUGAUCGGCUUUCAAGUAUAGUGAAGAGGAAUAAUAUUUGCUUAUCGUCAGCAAGUUUGCUACCAAUUUAAGGUAGUAGGGUAUUCAAUACAAUGAAGCGUAUCGCAGCGAGUUUAUUAAAAUGUGCUCUUGUGAUUUUAAUAUUUUCUACCUUCACAACCGGCGAAGUAGAACCAAAAGAAGAAGAGGCCAAACCUUCCGAGAUCAGCCUUGCUUCCACACCAGCAACUAAAAUUGUAGAAAAUGUUAGCUUUUUACAUGCAUUUGUGGCUAGUCUCAGUGUUAUAUUGGUUUCUGAGAUUGGUGACAAGACAUUCUUUAUUGCUGCUAUAAUGGCUAUGAGACAUCCAAGAUUGACUGUUUUUGCUGGAGCCAUAACAGCUUUAAUAGUGAUGACUGUUCUAUCAGCCGUAUUUGGAUGGUUAGUAAAUGUGAUUCCUCGGGCCUACACAUAUUACAUAAGUACGGCGCUCUUUGCAUUAUUUGGCUUGAAAAUGUUGAAGGAGGGCUGCCAGAUGUCAAGCACAGAGGGACAAGAAGAGUUGGAGCAAGUGCAAACUGAAAUUAGACAAAGAGAAGAGGAGCGAGAAAGAGAAGGUGCACCUGAUGUAGAAACAGGCAGUACAAGAAAACCGAAAAAAUCAGUAUGGUAUGAAGUUUCUAGGGUAAUACUGCAAGCGUUCACGUUAACGUUUUUAGCGGAGUGGGGAGAUCGGUCGCAGCUUACAACUAUUAUUUUAGGAGCUAGAGAGAACGUGUAUGGUGUCAUAUUAGGUGGUAUUUUGGGCCAUUCUGCAUGUACGGGUGUGGCUGUGUUAGGCGGCAGAAUGAUAGCUCAAAAAAUAUCCGUAAGAACAGUGACAAUCAUCGGAGGUAUAGUGUUUCUGAUAUUUGCCGUUUCGGCGCUGUUCUUCGAUCCAAAUGCAACGUAAACCGUAAGGAGUAUUAUAAUUUGGAGUCAUUGUUUUCCAAAACGAAACCAUCUUUUUAUCAAUAAGAAUAUUACGUACUUAUCACACAGGAUUCAUAACGCUUGUUUACAUUGUCAAAAUAUGUAUAUGCACUACAUGGAAUGUCCCAAAUGACAUUGCAUGGCAUGCUGAUAUAAAGUUGCCAUUAGGUAAAAAGGACUUUCCUCGAUUUCAAAAUAACUGAUAUUGCUUUCGUGCGAUAUUUUAGUUUCUACAGUUGUAAUUGUUGUUAUGAAAUAUGAUUUGUUCAAUUUAAACGUAUCUGACAUGUAAAGGUCAUUUUGACUAAUGUGCAGCAGAUAUUAUUAAACGCAUGACUUUCCGACCGACACUGAAUUUCCAGCCGAAACCAAAUCACCGGUUUCUGUCUUAGUUCCGUCUGAAUCCAAAGCCGAACAUUUUUUAGACACGAAAACACAACACCCAGGAUUUUUAAGAUUCACAGAUACCCUAGUAAAUGGUGUUCUAUAAUGGAUGAAAAUUUGAUUCCUUCCAUAGGUAGGAACUGGCAUUUUUUUGCAAAACUGACUUGUUUUUUUGCGUUACGGCCCUGAAAAUAUAUGUAGAAAAACGUUAAAACAAUGCUGUAGCUCUCUAGUUUUUUGAGCCAUUUACCAAGAUCUAUUGUGAAUGAAAAUUACUAAAGAUGUAAAGAAAAGGCGGAAUUAUAAAAAUCAUCAUAGUGAAAAACUCUUGUAGAUUUUUAUUUGGCAUUUGUUGUACUGGAGAGCAAAAAUGACUACUUUCUAGAAAGUUCGUCUUUUUUUAGUCAUUAGUUUCAAACAAACCUUCUUGAAAUUAUUCGACCAUAUCUUGAAGAGAAGUGAAUAUAAAAACUCAUAAUAACAGCAUAAGGAGCUGAAAUUAUACUUCAUUGAAGGUACUAAACAGUUUUUCUUACACGUUAUUUCAUUUAAAUGGUAUUUAUAUUUCGUGGUCAAGUACAAAAAAUGCGAAUAUUUUUUUAAAAACCGUAAAACUGUUUUCAUUUGUGAAUAUACUUAAUAAUAGUUUGUGAAAAUAUUGAGCCUGCUCAGAUUGUAUGUGUCGCACAUGUAAAAAUAAACAAUCACGCAGAAAAGACAUCCGAAUUGGAGUCAAACACGUGUAACGCUAUUUCCUCGGGGUCACUGACUGGCGAACUACCUGCCUUUCUAGUUCAGCAACUCCUCGGGCGCAAGCCUCCUGUUUAGAGUGUGGAAACAACACUAUAGACUGAAACAGUCACCUGGGCAGCUUCAGUGAAGAAAAUAAUUGAGGGAUUUGAUGCCUCAUGCUCAAAUGGUCAGACUCGAGAUACUUACUCUUUCUACUUCUACUACUUCUCUUUUUGUAUCUCUUACUUCAGCUAGGACGGUAUUUGUGAUUAAAGCAAGACUUAUAACACAACCUGGUAUAUUAACAGCAAAUAUCUCAAGUUAUAUGUACAAAUGAGAGAAAUCCCUAUCUGAAUCUAGCUAACCUAGCGAUAGAGCGGAGAAGGAAGACAAUCGGUUAACUCGGGAUCGAACGGAAUCAAAAGCAACGGUUAAAGCGGAAGCAGUAUGCGGUCAAGCUAGCAAGCGGUAAUGGUGCGAUGCGAUAAGCCCAAAGCGAUGAACGGUUUUCAGCAAUAUGGAUAUGUUUGGGUGAAGAAUAAGACCAGGCAUUUAGUUAACCCGCGUCUACUUCAAGCUCUGUUUGUCUCGUUCUCGCUUGGAUUUCACCCCAGGAAAGUAAGCACACUGCAGACAAAGAUGUGCCUCCCUGACUUGCUUCUUGAACCCCAAAGCAAUUAUAAAACUCCUAAAAUCAAGACGCGUACUAUCGCUAAUGGACCUUUAAACUAAACUAAUAGUUCCCAGAUGAAUGUGUUUACCAAACCUUAAAAAAACUAAUAUCGAAGACGCAACAUUUUGUGACACAAUGUCUCAACCUAUAAAACACUUUUGUAUAUUUGGGACUUUUCUGGGAUAUAAUGAGCACAAUUAGAUAUGAAGGGUUUCCAGCAAAAACCGCAUUUGUCAAAAAUUAGCAUUUUACAGAAAACUAAAAAAACCUGUUAUCUUCUUAGAUGUUAAUUAUUUCAAAAGGCGGUUCCUGGAUGGGUUGUAGAUUAAAAUGCAUAAUAAAACAAUGCAUGAUGAAAUAAAUUUAAAAACGUUUUAACAUCAUAAAUUAGAUUUUUUUGUUUGACAAGUGCUGUUUUUGCAAGAAAAUGAAAAUGAACUUACAAAGAAAACAUACUUUAUUGAAAUAUGAUGACAAAGUUCGCUUAAAUAAUAAUCAUUCGAUGUUAAAUAUAAACUUAAACAUAUUCUAAAUACGGGAACAUCAUUUUUUCUACUCGUCACACCCACUGCUGUUAUCUUCGGGAUCGAUGUCGCUUAAUUCAGCAAUGUUUGAUUCUGUUGGUUGUAGGGCAUUAUAGAAGCCGGUAUGUUCUCUUUUACUCAGUACCUUGCUGAGAGUCUGUAGGUCUUUUAGUUUUAAUGGAUUAAUGGCUAAAGGUUCUCGAUAUAACUGAACAAGUUGAAGUUCAUUGGAUAGAGGUAUUUUAUUUCGAAGUAUGGAUUGUCUCCAUGGUCCACUAUAACUGUCCCUUAUUUCCAAAAACUUGUUUUUCGCCUGAAUGCGAUACAUUCUUAACGAUUUCAGCUUAAUUGGAGGUCGAGGGUUCUUAAGAAAAUAUUUAUCUGUGGAUAAUUUUACGUUAAAAAAGUGUUUUUGUUGUACCUUAAUCAGAUUAAAUGGAGACGGAUUGCUCCUGCAAGUCUGUAUGAUAGUAUCCCAAUGCUCGGGAAUCUCUGCUACUUCAACCGCUUUUCGUUUUGAGAUAAUUGAAAAGUCUUGAUUGUUGGGCAGAAAUGAAUGGCCACGUAUCGGAAAAAUAUAGGUAAUAUUGUCAAACAACUUCAAACAGUGGACUAAUAAAUACAUAAAAUGCAUCAUAACAUAAUUUUUAUUUUGUCCCGGGCAACCAUCACUUAUUAAUACCAAGUUUCGAGAAGUGAUGUCAGGAACCUGUGUAAAAUAAUGAAAAAGUAAUGAAGUAACUUCAUUUUGACCUUUUUUUGCUAUUGUUUCAUCGUAGGUGUACAUUGUUGCACUAUCAUCUUUAAGAUUAUGGACGCCAAAAACGUAAUACCAAAGCUGACGGCAUCUGAACGCUAAGUUGUCCCUAAUAUGCGGUAAAGGUAAAUUUUGCAUAAAGUCGAAACAAACAACCAUUGCCUCUCCAUUUCUAGCCUUUUCUUGCCACUUUUUCUUCAAAUCAUAGAAUGCUUUUGCUUUUCUCAAAUGAAGCUCCUUUUCCGCUAGUAGGGGAGCUCUUGAUUCGUCAUUUUCUGCUGCAGCAAUUUUUUGAAUCAGAGAGUCGCAAGUUGAGCAUGUAUCAGUUCUCGGCAUUCCAAAUUUUAUAUUAAAUUUCUUAUGAAAAACUGUCCAAUAAGCUUUAUAGCUGACAUUAAUAUGAUAAUCUUUUAAAAAUGAUCUGUACAAUGCCCGAACACUUAGGGUCUCAGGGAGAUAGUAACGAUUUGGAUUUUGCCUUAAUGAAUAAUGAGAUUGUCGAGGUCUGUAUGAUUUAAUGUGAUCUUCAACUAAAUUUUGCAAUUCACAAGGUAAGGCAUUGGGUCUAUUAUCAUGUUUACCGCGCCUGUCACAGGGUGAUUUUGCUGUUUUACUUAGAUGUUCCUGUAUGCGUCUAAGACGCGCACAACUGAUUCCGUGGAGACUAAGAAAAGCCUUCCUACAUACGGGCACUUCUUUAUAACAAUCCCCAGAUUGCUUUGUUCGAACUUUAAAAGCAUAAGAACUUGAAUGUUCAUAAUUUGGUAAAGUGAUGUCUUCGUCUGAGUCGGAAUAAUCAACGAGAUCGUUAUUUCUUGCAGGUUUUCGCGACCGUCGUUGCUUUACUGCUUGUAAUGUAAUAAGGCCAGACAGAUGUGAAUCUUGUAAGUCUUUUGUAGGAAUAUUAUAAAAACUUUCGAAAAUUUCUUGUCUUUGCUCUGGCAGCACCGCAUUGAAGCAUUUGUGACGAACACACCUACGAGCGAUGUAGAGGUUAGAAGGAAUAAACAAGAGAAACAGCGUGAAAAACUUACUUGCAAUCCUCACCAAUUUGCUUUUCCGGAACAAAAACGCCUUUAUGGUUUAAGUGAGCAGCACCUUUAACUUUUUUUAGACGUAUUAACUCUCUUUUCUUCAGUUGUUUUGCUCUAAUUGUCGGUACAACACUUUGCGACGCGUCCAUGUUUUAAACACUGUAACGAAUCUUUAAUUUCCUGCGAAAACAACACAGGUCAAGACAAGUGCGGUUUUUGCCGAACGAUCCAUGCUUUAUCUGUAUGAAUAAGGCUGACAAUUGCUGUUUUUGCUGGAAAUAUUUUUUAGAUAACACACUAGGAUUAUUCUUGAUACAAUGUUGCCAAUAUCUCAAAAGUGGACAAAUUUGACAAAUGCGGUUUUUGCUGGAAACCCUUCAUAUUUGUACCUAUCUUUCUAUAGUUCUGGGACCCUCAGAGACGUAAAAAUAUAUUAUAUAUAAUUUGCAAGGCCAACCAAAAAGAAAAUCACCUUUUGUUUCGGCUUUCAGUUUCCUGAAAUAGAACUUCACUGCGUGAUUGACAUUAGGGUUAAGUCAGUACAUAUUCCAGACAGUCGCCAGGUGUACCGAGGUUCCACUAGUCACUUCCGAGAACUCGGUGUCUAACUUAUGUGGGAGUCGGGAAUACCUAGUUCAAUCGGGGAUAUCCUGAGUCACUUCCGAGAACUCGGUGUCUAACUUGCGAUGGAGGGGGUCGUACUCGGAGAAAUUGAUAAUACUACCUGGUAGAUGCGGUCGGGUAUGUCGAAUCGCUAGUCGGAUGUACGAGUAUAAAUAUGUGCAAAUAAUCUUCAAUAAAAGCGCUUUUGUAUAUAAUGGAAGUCCCAGAGUACCGCAACACUGGCGCACAGAAUCCUCCUACUUGACACAAGUCAACUCUCAAAGUGCCCAAAGUGAGAGCUAUAGACCAAACGGGACGGUACGGUUUGGCAUUCUGUCGGUAUUUGGUUAGAUUUGUUUCACCGGUCAGCUCUUAUUUGCCACCAGAGAAGUCCACUAGGGCCCACGUACCCUUAGACCAAGUUCAAACGUAGAUAUCAAGAUUUAAUAAGAAACAUCUCAUUUACGCCAUUCCAGUUUUAAAUUCUUAUCCUCAACUUGAAUUCAAAACAAUUCACUAAAUCUCAAAUGUAAAUUGCGCUAAGGCUGGUAAACCCAUUCAUAAACGGUUUGUUCUAAAAUAUUCUCAAAAUCUAACUCAAGGUUAUCUUUUUUCCUUCAGCAAACUAGUUCUGUCAAUAUUCAAAAAUAAAAGGGAAACAAACAACUCUUUUCUCAAAAUUCGUAUGCCAAAGAUAUACACUGAAAACGGUACACUACAAUAUCUAUGACUAAAGAACGAGUCAAUCAGAGAAAAAUAAAAUCACUUGGAUUCUGGAUUAGGCUCUAUACGUAUGUAUGUGGGGGCUCACGAAAAUUUAAGUAGUUUCGAUAGUAAGGCACAACAAUGUUGUCAGAUAAUAUUUUAAGAAGGCCUCGUAAACGCUUGUACUAUAUUUGAUAUUCGGUACAAAUUUCCAAACGCGUUACAGUCAGAAUGUCUUGAUGAGGACAAACUUAAUGUUAAGAACAGAUUUGACGAUAUUUUGGUGAUGGGAAUACCAUUAUGAAUCAUAAGCUCGUCUGAUGAAAUGGAAGUCUCAAAUGUGGUAUUACGAGAUAUUAAAGCUUAGUACUAAUGCGGAAAUGAAGGUGAAAUUUAAAAAAGCUAUCAGCCGUUUUGGCAACAGGCAGAAAUAUCCGAAAAAUAUUCUGGGCUGUGGGAAAUUGCGAGAAAAUUUUUGAUAGCGUUACCCCUCCUCGUACCCAUUCGAAAAAGAUUUAAGAGCUGUUACAAAUCUAUUACCAGAAAAAAGGAGCUGAUUGAACAUUGAACAUAUUAAGGCCGGGAAGAUUUGCGCUUAUUCCUUACAAAACUGAAGCUAAAUAUUAAUUCUGAUUUAUUAUAAUAUUUUUUGUACUGUUGAUUUGUAUUGCGGAAGAAGCUACUUUUACGUUAUUAAUGUUUAAUUUUACUCCUAUUAAAUUUGAAAUCAUAUUAUUUUAAUGAUGAAAAUAUUUGUCUUUUUACUUUUACCACUGUGAAAAUAUGCAUCGUUAGCUCUAAUCUCACUUCUUGGCGAACUUUUGGAAUAUGGUAGGAAUGUAACACCGAAACCAGCAAAAAUGUUUAAGUGGUCUAUGAGAAAAGGUUUGGGAACCACUGGCCUACAUCAAUGUAAUGCUAAACCUACGUUUUUUUGCAGCCUGACAACUUGUCGCCUGUACAUGAAAUGAAAUGCUAUAGUUAAUUUGUGAAAUAAAUAGUACAUACCUAGGUUGAGAAGUGGGCUAUUAUUGGUCGAGUUCUUUUUACACCACCUGAGGCACGUUAUGACAAAGGAUAAUUAUUAUAAUGUGAUAUAGUAGCCCAAUCUGAGAUUUUAACACCAGCGCUGCAGAUUGAGAUAAGGGGGAUAUCUUGCAACCUGUUUAAUGCCACCACCAGACGUAAGUCCUUUAUACAGGCGGCUGGUAGAUCAGAAUGGUAAAAAAAUCGAUAUUUAGAAAUAUUCGUGCAUGACAGACUUUGCUGACAUUAAAAGCAGUUUUCCAGUAUUAUGUCGUUUGUAGAGGUAUUCAGCAUAACGAAUUCAGCUCAACAUCAACCGUUUCUCACUCGUAUUCAAAUAUUUCAUCGUAUAAAAUUUAGUUGACAAAUUGACAUUAUGAAAAUGAAUAGAAUAUGCUUUUAACUGACAUUCAUUAUUUACCUAGGUAUCUUUUGGUAUUAUUAUUUACCUAAGGACGCUACUUCUCAAUGACGCAUUGCGGUCAAAAUGGUUAUUUUUCUUGUUAGUAGUGAAAAAAUUUAUUUUACCUUAUUACGCUAGAAAUAUUUUGUUGAAAUUAUCCGACAAUUCAUUAUCUUAAUUUAUUAUCUUAAUAAAAAUGGCCGAAUAUGCUGGACGUAAUCUGAGAGUUCACGAACGUACGUUUCAGCCAGGCCGAAAGAUUCGGCUGAUUUAUUGCCGAAACAAAAACUUUCACCGAAGCCUCUUUUGUGAUCGGAGACGAAACUUCCGUUGAUCACCAGUACAGCAGCUGUGUUUAUGGUCCUGCCUAAAAUAGGCAGGUGUGAAAAAAUUAUUGGUACCAUUAGAUUUUUGAAUGAUAACACCAGUACUGAGCUUCCUAUUAUAACAAUAUGAGUAUCAGGCUGUCCAAAUUAUAAUAAAAUAUGGUGCAAUAUUCUUUAAAAUCGACACUUAUACUCUCCAACAUGGAGCACCAAAAAUAUAAAAUUCAACCAUGAUACAGAAUUCUUGCCAAAUCAUAGUAGUGUUUGAAAGGUGCAUCUAUUCACAGAACAUAAUGAAUAAAAUUCAAAUAUGUGACUCGAUAAUAUUAAAUGGUAUAGAAAAGAUUGCCCUGAUAGUUUCUGGCUUAACUCGUUAACGUAUAAACAGGGGCAUAUAUAUAAUUUAGGCAAAAUAUGUAUAUUGACUAUUAAUAUAAGAUGUAAAGUGAUUGGUAAAAUAGUUUGAUUUAUAUAAAAGCGUCAACGAACCUCCAGUGAAUUAAGAAAUGCAUCUGAUGAUAUAUAUAUUUUAUCCCUCGUUAAAGUUAUUCAAUUUCCUUUUUUUGAUCCACAUCUUAUUUAGAAAAUGUAUUAUUUAGUUAUAACCAUUUUUUCUUUUACAUUGUAUAUAUUACUGUACUUUUGUAUAAUAUGAGCCAUAUGCAAAGCAUAGUUUGUAUCAACAGCGUCGCUGUAUACAUAUAUUUAUAUUUUUUCAUCUGAAAAAUGAUUUGUCAAAUUGCUAUGAAAUUGAAUGAUAAUUGAGUUUCCUUUCUAGGUGAUUUUGUCAUAUUAUUUUUAUACUCUUUUGAGUUUUAUAUGUUACUGUGAUAUGUACACAUACUGUAAAUAUAUCCGGAAUAAAACUUGCACACC